GAAGUACAAGAAGUAAUUUACAAUUAAUUUAAGUAAUUUACAAGUAGUAAUUUCGCGCAUCAAACGAGCGUCCUUAUGUCGUGUUGAAACUUAGUUCGGGGGAACUGGUCGAGACUUCACAUGACGUUCAGUGACCUAGCCGUUGUCGUUUCCAGGGUCCCCUCUUAAGAAGGAAAAGGAGCCUGGAAACAAGUAUUGGCGUUUAAGAGUGGGACUGGGGGGUGCGCUAUUGAUAAACUAACAACACAAAUCAAAGAACGCGGCUCAGCCUCAAUCGUGUCGGUGUGGAGUCGGGAAUCACCUACCAUAACCCUUUACACCAUUUUAUCGAAAUGCUUAUCCUUCAUGCCGUUCUGUAUACAUUUCCUGAAGUGCUGAAAAGGAGGAUUUGUUUAUCAGUCCUGAGCUUCUUCAGUUGAUGAUUAUUUCUUUUAUUCUUGUAACUUAAUAAUUUGAUUCAGAGUGAUGUCCUAAUUAAGGAGAAGUUGACGCUAGUGUCUCUUAGAGGCGAAGGAGUUGUCCUACUUAAAUUGAUUUAAAACGAAAACUCACGCGAAGUGUAAACUGAUCCUUGGUAAAGAAUUGUUGUGAGAUAAAAUGGAGGCGCCACGAACGAAACCUUGACGAUCCUAUAGUCUACGGGCUCCUCAGUCUGGGGAAUCUUACUAUUAUUCCAUUGCAGUCCUUUCAAUGACAGUCUUCUAUUUUCCCAGAAUGCCGUGGUAGACAGGUACCGGUGAAUUCAACUCAGUGGAUGAUAAUGGUUGAAACCUGAUAAAAACCUGUAACUGUAUCAAUAUUUUAUCAACUGAGUACCAUGUUCUUUCACCUCUUGAAAGCCGGUAUGGCUCUAAAAAUUCUUUGAGUAAUUUCUUUACGUUGAGACUCGGACAGUUUCAAGCGAGCGAUAAAUCGAAAACCCAGAGGAUGAGAUCGACUAUUGACUUGGCGUAAAGGGUACAUCAGCAGACUGGAUGGUGCACGCUACAAACAUUUGCGGUCAUUGUCACGAAUUGACUCAUUAUGAUGAGAAAUCGGAGAUUGUUUGUGAAAGUGUUCAUACUAACCUCUCUAUUUUGGCUCGCAGUGGACAUUCUUUACAUUUUAACUUCCAUGAACAGCCAAAUGAACUUUUUCGAUACAGACUCGUUCGUAACGUUAGACGCGACCGGAAGUUCGCUUGAACUGCGCUCACGCGAGUCCUCACACGAGAACAUGAAAGAGCGGAAGUGGCGAAGGCCAAGAGUAAAACCUUACUUUGCAGAUGUGAUACAAGGAUUAGGAGAUGACGGUGAGCCUGCAUCUUUACCCCCGCGAUUCAAGGACGAAGCAGAGCAUGUUUUUGAUAACCAUUCAUUUAAUGUUAUUCUCAGUGAUCAUAUGUCAUUGGACAGAACUCUUAAAGACUAUCGGGGGCCAAAGUGUCGCAAAAAACACAAGAAAUACCCUACUAAUUUACCGACUACAAGCGUAAUCGUUUGUUUCCAUAACGAGGCACUGUCCGUUUUGUUAAGAACAGUACACAGUGUCCUCAAUCGGUCGCCUCCACAUCUCCUGGCUGACAUUGUGUUGGUAGAUGACUUCAGUGAAUACCAGAACCUCAAAAUGCCGUUGGAGGAACAACUUAGCGAAUUUGAAAAAGUUAAAGUUAUUCGGAUGUCUCGGAGGGAAGGCCUGGUUCGAGCGCGGCUUCGCGGAGCCGAGGUGUCCCGAGGGGAGGUUUUAACUUUCUUGGACUCUCAUUGUGAAGCAACUGAAGGGUGGCUAGAACCGCUACUGGCUCGGAUUGCGCAGAAUCGCACCAAUGUCGUGUGUCCUGUGAUAGAAGUGAUAAAUGCCGACGACUUUGGUUAUCAAACAUCAGACGUGAUUUAUGAGCGCGGAGGGUUUUCGUGGGAUUUGUUCUUUACCUGGAAAGCCAUUCCAGAAGAGGAAAAGAAACGAAGAGAGGACGAAACAGACUUCAUAAGGAGUCCUACUAUGGCGGGCGGUUUGUUCUCGAUGCAUAAACAGUAUUUUUACGACCUAGGAUCAUAUGACGACCAAAUGGACAUUUGGGGAGGGGAGAACCUGGAACUAUCCUUCAGAGUAUGGAUGUGUGGAGGACAGUUGGAGAUCGUACCAUGCUCACGUGUUGGUCACGUGUUUCGUAAAUAUACGUCACCUUACAAGUUUCCUAAGGGUACUGGAGUCACUCUGGCGAAGAACUUCAAUCGUCUGGCCGAAGUAUGGCUGGACGAGUACAAGGAAUUUUACUACAGGAGGAAAACUGAUGAAGAGAAAAGCGUCGAUAUUGGAGACAUAAGCGAGCGAGUAAAGCUAAGAGAGAGACUGGGCUGUAAGAGCUUUAAAUGGUAUCUGGAAAACGUGUUCACGGAUAUGGCUUCAGUGGAUCCCAAUCCCCCGGCGCAAGGCGAGAUACGAAAUCCAGGCUCAUCUCUAUGUGUGGACACGCUUGGAGAGAAAUCGGCCAAAGUAGACCGCGUGGGACUGUACACCUGUCAUGGCAUGGGAGGAAACCAGUUUUUCACCUUGACGAAGAUGAACGAAAUUCAGUUCGGCGAUGACAAGUGUUUGGACGCGCCGAACAGCGAGCCGGGAAGCUUUGUUGAGAUGAUCACGUGUCAUGCUUUGAGGGGAAAUCAGGAAUGGAAACACGACAAGAGAAAGGGUAGCAUAGUUCACGUCUGGACAGGCACGUGUUUAGACUUGUCUAAAGACAGACAGAAUCUUGUCGUUAAUCCAUGCAGGAAGGGAAAAAGUUCACAAAAAUGGAAGUUUUCCCGUUACCAACAGCUUAAGAGCAAGAACAGUUCUUAGCAUGUCCAAUAAAUUUU